AUGAUGGAGUUCAUGGCCAGUGACUCCCUGGAGAAGAUGCUUUCCACUCACAGCCUCAGCUGGCAGCUCAAAAUCCACACCGUUGAUGAGACCAGCCUGGCCAUGAACUUCCUCCACAGCAUUAAGCCACCGCUGCUCCAUCUGUACCUCAAGCCAGGCAGCAUCCUCCUGGACAGCUGCACGCAUGUCAAGAUAAGCAGGCUCCUGGAGCACCGCGCAGAUGCCAACCUGGCGGAUGAGGACGGCUGGGCCCCCUUGCACUUUGCAGCCCAGAAUGGGGACGACCACUCUGCCCAUCUGCUCCUGGACCAGGGGGCCCGUGUGGAUGCCCAGGAGCACGAGGGGUGGACCCCACUCCACCUGGCGGCGCAGAACAACUCUGAGAAUGUGGCCUGGCUUCUGGUCUCCCAUCAAGCUGACCCCAACCUGCGAGAGGCUGAGGGCAAGACCCCUCUGCAUGUGGCCGCCUACUUUGGCCAUGUCGGCCUGGUCAAGCUGCCGGCAGUCCAGGGGGCAGAGUUGGAUGGUCGGCAGAGAAACCUGAGAACGCCACUGCACCUCGCAGUGGAGGGAGGCAAAGGGAGGGCCAUCCAACAUCUGCUAAAAAGUGGGGUGGCCCCUGGUGCCCUCGACCAGAGCAGCUACAGCCCACUGCACACCGCCACUGCCAGGGGCAAGUACCUUGUCUGCAAGAUGCUGCUCAGGCAUGGGGCCAACCUGGAGCUGCUGACCCAGCAGGGCUGGACACCCCUGCAUCUAGCAGCCUACAAGGGCCACCUGGAGAUCAUCCACCUGCUGGCUGAGAGCCAGGCUGACGUGGGGGCUCCUGGAGGCAUGAACUGGACCGCCCCUCUGCACCUGGCUGCCCGCCACGGGGCAGAGGUGGUGGUGUCCACCUUGCUGAAAUGUGGGGCUGACCCCAAUGCCGCUGAGCAAUCGGGCUGGAUGCCCCUUCACCUGGCAGUUCAGACGGGGGCCUUCCUGAGCAUCAUCCACCUCCUGGAGUACCGUGUGGAAGUCCAUGCCCACAACAAGGUGGGCUGGAACCCUGCCCAUCUGGCCACCCUCAAGGGCAACAUGGCCAUUCUCAGAGUGCCGGUCAAGGCUGGCGCCCAGCUGGACAUCCAGGAAGGGGUUGGCUGCACACCCCUGCAGCUGACCCUCUGGAGCCAGAAGCAGGGCAUCAUCACCUUCCCAGAGGGCAGGGAGCCCUCACUGGCCAUUCUGGGCGAAGCUGAGCCGGGAGCCCAGAUGGAAGUUUAG